CGCAGCCCGGCCGGCGGCCGGCGGCCGGCCCCGGCUGGUUGUCAUGGUGACCAGCCAGGCCGGGCCCGAGGGAGCAAAGCUCUCGUUGAUUGGCUGCGGGGUGGAACCCAAUCGGCGGGCGGUAUGUUACGGGGUGUCAAGAUGGUGGUCAGGAUGGGUAAGCACACUAAUCUAGUGACAUUGCAGUGACCUGGAGUGACCUGCUCUUGUUUUGACUGGAAGAUGUGGAGUGGACUUUUACCUCCAGGACUGAAUGAAAGUGAAGUUGACUUAAGUUCUGAUGAUGAAGAUGCAUUGGAUAGUGCAAUAUUCUUCUCAAAGGAAGAUACAAAAGAAGAUAUUAAAACAGUUCAGCUUUGUGAAUUCCAGAAGAGCAAGCCUGAAAGCAUCACCAUCAGUAAACCCAUUUUGAUAUCAGUGACAGAUGGAGAAAAUGAAUGCCAAACAUGCCCUUCUGGAGUUUCUUUAAAUAUGUGGAAUAAAUUUGUGGAGCUUCAGAAGAAAAAACAUGAAAUGACAACCCAAGCAAAUCAGGGAAACAGAGGCAAAAGAAGAAAGCGCCACAGAAAAGAAAAACUGAAAAAGAACGAUAAAGAAGUGACCAAGAGUCAACAGUUGGCAAAUGAAGACCAAUGGAAAGAGCUUACGCAAUACUUUGGAAUCAAUGACAGAUUUGAAUCACUUGUGAAUAGUAGGGCUCCACAAAAGUCUGGUCUUGAACUUAGCAUAGAGAAGUCUGUGGCUGAAGGUGACAUUGAUAAAGCUGAGGAGCUGAGUGAUAGAUUAGCCAUUCGUGAGUGCUACAACAUCAAGCAUGGAACUGUACUAUGACUGCACUGAAGUACAACACUUGUGAAGUCCUGAGAAAUAACUGGAUGAAUUGUUGUUCUUUUAUCUGGACCUCAUCUUUCUAUGUAUAUUUUCAUUUUUCUUGAGCAAUAUUGGAGGGUUAUGGAGGCUAUGAGAAAUGAGCUGUCUUCUGUUUGGGGUACAGCCUCCUUGCUGCCAUGUGAAAAAUGUUCAGUGGGUAGGUGGUUUUUUUUGAAAUCAGGUGUAUGGGUUUUUAAUCAGCACCAUUUUCUUUUGUGAGAAGCAGUGACUGGAACCUGCUGAUAAAGCUUUUGCUUUGAGGCACAGAUCCCAGAGUUCUUAAAGCUGUUUCCUGCUUUAAUAAGUGAAACUAAUUUUUGAUGUAUAACAUUUAUAAGCCUGUGAAACUGAUAGGGCAGCUUCAGUAUUUAGAAAAAUGAAGCCAAAAAUAAACAGAUGACUGAGAAUAGGCAGCAAAACGUGUCCUGAAAAGCAAAGGAAUGCCAAAAGGAUGCUGUCAAUGUGCUAUCAUUAUGAUACAGCGAGCGGGUGUUUUUUAAUCAGAUUGCCUUAAAAUCAGUGAUGAUUUAGGCAAUAUGCAUAAUCUAGCAGCUGUGAGGGGAUUACUGAAAUUUACAUCCUUAAAACUUAAAUGAUACUGCUUCAAGAUUUUGUGUGUUUUGAUUUCUAUGUGGCACUUGUUGCAGAUUCUUUAAGGAAUAUGUUGUUGUAUUACUGUAAAUGAGGUUUUGGGGUAUAUACUAUUGGUUAAAUUCUUUCAGGAACAUGUACUAAUGCACCUUGAAAUUUUUUCUUAAGGCAUUCUUAGGUUUAGAUUGAGAGUUAGAAGUUACAACAAGCAAAAUAAAGUUCUUUAUGGAGAUGUUUUAGUACUGUGUCUAAAUUAAAAGCCAUUUAGACAUUUCUAAAAUAAAUGUGUCAUAGUCUAAAUUUUUGUCUAAUAUGAACUCUUAAUUGUAUGGUGUAAAUGUUUCUCUUAAUAUACCUGCCAGCCUGGAUUGUGACAGAUGUACAUUGAGACAUGUUCAGAAGAUGAUAUAUUUUCUGUCUUCAAGUUAGGGGCAUCAGAGGCCACACUGAGAACAGCAACAAAGCAUGAAGGAAUAGACAUGUCUAUGUCUUUGUUAGUUUGAAGGACAGUUGGACAUUAGUUGGAGAAGCUAAUGAUGAAUUUUGAAAUUGGGUUUGCAGAGAGAGAUUGAUGGAAUUCACAGAUCUCUUCAUUCCCCUGGGUUGACUGGACUUCUGAUGAUCCUUGGAUGCUUUGUGUGAGGCUCUAAUUGUAAGCGACUGCAUGUGUGGAUUCAUAGGCUUUUGAGAUUGUGGUUAUAAGCGUAUUGUCCCAUUUUUGGCAGUUAAAUUGUUAUUAAAAAUGAUUCGCAUGUA